GGCGGUGGCAGUGGCAGCGGCGGCAGCAGGCGGGAGCCCAGUGCCCCGGGUGCACGUGUGAAGAAGCGAUGGCGAGGAGGCCGGAUGGUGGGGUUGAGUGCCCCGAGGUGAGGGCAUGGAGAGCUCAGGGCGGCCAGGACAACGGGCGUGGAGAGCGGUGCUAAUGGUGGCCUCAACAGGCAGGGAAGAUGAAAGGUAGCUGGAUCAAUCUGGGAGAUGUGACACCACACAAUAUUAAACAGUUGAAGAGACUAAACCAGGUCAUCUUCCCGGCCAGCUACAAUGACAAGUUCUACAAGGAUGUGCUGGAGGUUGGCGAGUUAGCAAAGCUUGCCUAUUUCAAUGAUAUAGCUGUCGGUGCAGUGUGCUGCAGGGUGGAUCAUUCACAGAAUCAGAAGAGACUUUACAUCAUGACACUAGGAUGUCUUGCACCUUACCGAAGACUAGGAAUAGGAACAAAAAUGUUAAAUCACGUCUUAAACAUCUGUGAAAAAGAUGGCACUUUUGACAACAUCUACCUGCAUGUCCAGAUCAGUAAUGAGUCAGCAAUCGACUUCUACAGGAAGUUUGGCUUUGAGAUUGAGACAAAGAACUACUAUAAGAGGAUAGAGCCUGCAGAUGCUCAGGUCCUUCAGAAAAACCUCAAAGUUCCCUCUCUUCAGAAUGCAGAUAUGCACAAGACAGACAACUAAACAAAUUUCACAUGAACUUUCUUGCACUUGCUUGUCGCCAAAUAAAAGAGGCCCA